UUGUCAUAAGACGGGGCUUUUAUGGCAGUUGCGGACAUAGACAAUUAGGAAGUGAUUAGAUAACUGGAGUGUGUUCUUAUCAUAGGUCCCUAUUCAGUUCAGUGGUCGUGGGACUUUAUCCUAGACUGUACCACCCCCUUCUUGUUUCACGAUUGGUUGCAUAGAGACGUGCAGCAGAACCAGGAAGUGUGGAAAGGGACAAACCAGGAACUGCGUUCAAAAUGGUGUCACUUAUCUGCACGCUCCAGCACCACACAGCUGACGUAAACUGGUGUGCGUUCUCUCGCAACCUGCUGGCAACUUGCUCUUCCGAUAAGACUAUUCGCAUAUUCUCCAGUCUUGAUUUCUCUGAGCUUCCAUUCUCCCCACUCACUGGCCAUGGGUACGCGGUCCAUUGCUGUUGCUUCACACCCUGCGGGCAGUUCCUAGCAUCUUGCUCAACAGAUGGCACUAUGAUUGUUUGGAGCAUGGGCACGGGAGAAAUGGUGGCCGCGUUUGAUCAUCCUGGUCGAAGCCCAGUCAGAGUUUGCGCUUUGUCAGCCGACUCCUCCUACUUGGUUUCCGGAGCUUCUGAUGGGACAUUUGCGCUUUGGGACUUCAGCUCCAGAACACUGCGCAGAACUGGGAUUGUGGACGAAGCUUCGUUGGUUGCAUGCUCCGUGAGUCCGUGUGGUCAGAUAUUCGUCACAGGAUCCACCAAUGGGGAUCUGAGAAUCUGGAACCUGGAAGCGAAGCAGCUCCACGCUGAGAGGAAUGCCCACGACCUUGGGGUGACCUGCUGCCACUUUUCUUCCCAGAUUCAUAUUGAGGGAGAGGUGGUGACGGUUCGAUUGGCCUCCUGUGGCCAGGACAGCCUGCUGAAGAUAUGGACCGUCUCACAGCUCACUCCUGCAGGCUGUACCAUGCAGCUGGUGCACACCCUCACCGCACAGUCCGCCCCGGUGCUGUCCUGCUCCUUCUCCUCUGAUGGACGGCUGCUGGUCUCCAGCUCUGUGGAUAAAACUGUCACAGUUUACAAUGCUAGCCAAGGAGACUUGCUUCACACUUUGAACCAACACGAAAGAUACGUGGCGGCGUGCGCCUUCUCGCCCGGGGCGUCUCUGAUGGCCACCGGCUCCAUGGACAGGACGGUGAACGUGUGGAGGCUGGGGGAUAGAGUCAUAGAGGGGGGCGACGGAGGAGAAUCGCUGGCUGCUGAAACCACAAAUGCUUCUUGGAAAGGGAAGGACCGGCCGGGGGGUCACACGAGGCUGCUGGUGAGGGACUGGUCCGAGGAAGACGUCCAGGCUUGGCUGCGGGAGGAAGGGCUGGAGGCGUUGGCCGGCACGUUCCGGAACAACGACAUCGACGGGGCGGAGCUCCUGGCCCUGACCAAGGAAAGCCUGGCCGCAGAACUGAAAAUCGAUUCAGUUGGCCUUCGGAAUAAACUGAUCCGGAAGAUCGAGGAGCUGAAGGCGACGCUGGUCUGCACGGACGGUCCGGACGAGUACCUGUGCCCCAUCACCAGGGAGGUGAUGAAAGACCCAGUCAUCGCCGCAGAUGGCUAUUCCUACGAGAGGGAGGCAAUCCAGUGUUGGAUUGAUUCAAAGAAUCGUUCCAGCCCCAUGACGAAUCUACCUCUGCAGACAACUAUGCUUACUCCAAACAGAACCCUGAAGAUGGCUAUAGAUCGCUGGAGGAGCAGUCGGUCGUAAGUAGUCGGCCUAACUCAGAAAAACAAUUCGGAGAAACUAAGGCUACUAGAAAUGGACAAUUGAAUGAAUAACAAUCAAUCAAUUUCUGAACAUUCAUAUUUGUUGAAAAAAAUGUCAGCUCCAGUGGACACACUGCAUAUGCAUAUGACUGACCAUGGAACAACUGCACAUGUAUGUAUGUGUAUAUGAUUAUAAUGGACCUGCUGCACAUGUAUGUAUGUGUAUAUCAUUUACCAUGGACACAGAAAAUGUAUGUAUAUGUGUAAUAAAUAAUAACAAUUUUAAGGUUUCAUAGUUUUCCACUGGGACUUUAUUUUCCCAUUGUUGGUAUGGCAGUAAUGUUCUAUUAACAGUAUGUGAUAACAGCAGUACAGCUCACAAUACUGAAAACAUGUCAACGUUUGCAAAUAACAUACAUAUUAAAAUAUAGUAAUGCCCCCUCCCCCCAAACUCUUUAUUUAUAGAUUUUUUAUAUUUCUUUGUUAUAAAUUGUAACUGUCGCAUG